AUGCCUCUAGUAACAAAAAGGGAAGGCUGCUGCCUGUACAUCACAAUUCAAGGAUCAAACAUGCUCUCGAGAUCAUCUACAGCUGCUAUUAGAGCCCGUGUGUGUAGACCAGGGGCGGUGAGGUUAAACUCUACUGCGGGCAAACCAUCAAAGAAAUCAGAAAAACCAUUCUACAACACAUUUGCAGAAUUUGUCCGUACUUCGAAAUUAAAUUCAGAAGGUGCUUUUAUUCAUGAAAUUCCAACGGAACAACAAUAUGAGCACUCUGAACUUGCUAAAUAUUUGAAAAAGGUCGACUCGGAAAAGGAAUCUUUGAUUGAUGCCAAACUCAAGGAACUAGCUCAAGAAUCAGGUAUUCCAUUUGAACAAGUGAAAGAAAAGUUUGAAAGAAAGUUGAAGGAGAAACAGGAACUAUUGAAAUCAAGAAAUCAAGAAGUUGUUUCAAAGAUUGAAAACUUUAUGACUCAAUUAUCAUUACCAAUGUCUGGUCCACAGAGUAUUAUUAUUGAUUUGAUCGACACUUUGGGUGAAUCAGUUGAUGAACUUAAUAGCUUCGCUGCAUUUGAGUACAUCUACGAGCUUGAUCCUGAUUUUGCUAAAGCGUUAUCUAAUGUUCUUAGAGUAACUCCAACAGAAGAAAGUGUCAAAGCAAUGUCUGAUGCUUUCAAAGAAGGCCCUAUGUCCAAACUCUCAGAUGAACAAUACAAUGAAUUAAAGCAGCUUUUAGACACUAAGGCAAAGGUUACCAAGUCUACAGAAAAUGAAGCAGAGGUUGCGGAAAAGGAAACAGUAGAAGAAGAGGAGGAGGGCGAAAUUGAUGCAAAUUCCGUCGUUGAAGUUAUUUUUGCCCAUCUGAACAGCUAUGAGAACAUUGCCAACUCUCCAUUACUAAAAGUGAUUGAGUCUAUUGACAGUGAUUUUGCUACAAUGCUCAAGUCUUAUGAAACUAUUGAUCCAUCAGACUCAGAUGCCUUAGAAAACAAAUUUGAAGAAAUCGUAAAGUACUGCUCAAACACGGACUCCUCUAUCUAUAAAGCUUUCGGUGACUCCACAUCCCCUAACUUUACCAGAGUACAAGAAGUUCUUGAAGGUCCAAUCCCAAUUGACCUAGCGGAAAUCUAUGAAGUUUUUGAGUUCUACCCAGAUUAUUUCAAGUCGGAAUUGUAUAAGCAAAUCUCUACAAUUGACCCACAAUUUGCUCAAUUGCUAGAAAAGCUAGAAUCUCUUCCUGAAGGCAAGGAAUUAGAUGAGGUUAAUGAUGAAGUUGACGCUCAUCUAAUCAAUAAAGAAUCCCCAAUUUAUAAGGCUAUGAAUGAUGUUGAAUCCGAAGAUUAUGCAAAAUUGAAGUCAACCUUGGAAUCUGAAUGGAACGUCAUUGAAACUACCGUAACUCCAGACAAGCUUGUCGAAUAUGUGAUUUCUAAUGGCCUAGAAAGUGACGGUUUCAAACUUAUCCAAAAAAUUGAUCCCGGUUUUGCAGAUGUUCUUGCUAAAAUCUAUCAAGAGGAUAACGAAGAAGGUGCUUUGAAGGCAUACACUGCAUUACAAAAUUACCUUGAAAAUGAGAAUGAAAUCAUGGGAGCUCUACAAGACAAGGAUUCCUUAAACUACAAACUUCUAGCAGACUACGUUUUUCCAGAAGCACCGGAAGCUAAUGAACAGGAAGAUGAUGUUGCGGAAAUUGAAACUUCACAAAGAGCAGAUGUUAUCCAGCGCGAUGAAGUUCUUUCUCAGUUGGCAAACGAAGAUAAGUCCAAGCUAACCCCAGAAGUGGUGAAAAUCAAUGAAGCCUAUGAUUUAACUCUUGAAAUUAUGAAAGAGAUUGAGGAUGAAUUAAAGGACAACACUUUCAUUCCUGUUUCUCGUCAAGUUUCUGCAAAGUUGGAUAAAAUGUUAGGAUUUCAACCAUCUGUUGAGCAAGUUACGGCUUCCGAAAACUUAAGAUCGAUUCCUCAACCUAAACAAACCGAUGAAGUGCUAGAGUUGGCAGUCAAUAUCAUAAUGAAAGACGGUAAGAAAGAAAUAGCUAGAAAAAAUUUGAACAGAGCUUUGUAUCUAUUAUUCCUUGAAACCAGAUCCAACCCAGUUGAAAAGCUGAAGGAAGCUUUAGACAUUGUUGCACCUCUUGUUAUUACAAAAACAGUGAAGACUGGUUUUGCCAAGAACUAUACAGUUCCUGUUCCAUUAACACAAAGACAAAGGAAUAGAAUGGCAUUGUUGUGGAUCCUAAAAGCCAGUGAUUCUAAGGCAUCCAAUGAUUUCUCAGUUAGAUUAUGUGAUGAAGUCUUACAUGUUUUGAGUGGUAAAUCUGCUUUAAUGGAAAAGAGAGUCUUGAACCACAAGAUGGCUAUCGCAAACAGAUCCUAUCUUUCAAUUUAA